ACAAAACCUAAAAACAAGAAGAAGAUUAACAUUUUUGAAAAUGCAAAUCUUUGUGCAAACUCUUAAAGGAACAACUCUAACCCUAGAUGUAGAACCAAAAAACACUAUCAACGACCUGAAAUCAAAGAUUGAAGAACAUGAAGGAAUUCCAAAAGUCGAACAACGCCUUGUUUUAGGUAACAUGGAAUUAGUUGAAGAUGAAAAUGAGAUUGAAAGUGAAGAAAGAGGAGGAUGUAGUCUUUCACAUUAUGGCAUUGAGAAGGGUUCAACCAUUCACCUUACCUCAAGGCUUGUUGGUGGUGGAAUAUAUCAAUAUUCAUUACUCGUAUCGCCACGUUUGGCGGUCUUAGCCUACCAAAGUAGGCUUAACAAGAAGGUUUGUCGCAAGUGUUAUGCUCGACUCUCACCAAAUGCUACCAAUUGCCGCAAGAAGAAGUGUGGUCAUAGCAACCAAUUGCGCCCUAAAAAGGUCUGGAGGUACCUUCACCAUUUAGGAUAGUGAUCAUGAAUAUAAAUGG